AUGGAAGGCGGCCGGGGACGCGCCGUGUGCGUGCUGACCGGGGCCUCCCGCGGCUUCGGCCGGGCGCUCGCCCCGCUCCUGGCCCCGCUGCUGCCCCCGGGCUCGGUGCUGGUCAUCAGCGCCCGCAGCGACGAGGCACUGAGGCAGCUGGAGGCCGAGCUGAACGCCGAGAGGCCGAGCCUCCGCGUGGAGCGCGUGCCCGCCGACCUGGGCACCGAGGCCGGCUUGCAGCAGCUGCUUGGCGCUCUGGGGAAGCUCCCCAGACCCGAGGGGCUGCAGCGACUGCUGCUCAUCAACAACGCGGGUACUCUUGGUGAUGUGUCCAGAGGCUUUGUGGACCUGGGGGACCCAGCCGAAGUCAACAACUACUGGGCUCUGAACUUGACCUCUGCACUCUGCCUGACAUCCAGCAUCCUGAAGGCCUUCCGGGACAGCCCUGGGCUCAGCAAGACUGUGGUUAACAUCUCUUCCCUCUGUGCCCUGCAGCCCUUCAAGGGCUGGGCACUCUACUGUGCAGGGAAGGCUGCCCGGGACAUGAUGUUCCAGGUGCUGGCUGCAGAAGAACCUGGUGUGAGGGUGCUGAGCUAUGCCCCAGGUCCCCUGGACACAGACAUGCAGCAUGUGGCCCGGGAGACCUCUGUGGACCCAGAAUUACGAAAAAGACUGCAAGAGCUGAAGACAAAGGGGGAGCUGGUGGAUUGUAGAAUGUCAGCUCAGAAACUGCUGAGCUUGCUACAAAAGGACACGUUCAAGUCUGGAGCCCAUAUUGACUACUAUGAUGAAUAAGCCCGUGUUCUUGGUCCCUGGGCCUUCCAUCCCCCUCUUUCAGGCACACCCAGGAGCCCUGUGCCUUCCCACAUCCGGCCACACUGCCAGACCUGCCUUACACAGAUAAGCACUUGUGCCUACUGGCCUGCCUUCAGGCCCAGCCAGCUGUGAGGCCUUUGACCCCUGGAGUCCCUGUCCUCAGGAGUAUGUAUUGAGCACCCUGAAUUAGGGAGAGAGAAAUUAGAGUAUUGGCAUUCUCGUCCCUCAGGAGUAGAAUUUCAAGGAUGGAUAAAGUUGGAUAAGAUGCUAGAACACUGAAAAGAAGUUGGGUCUCCUAACUUGGGCCAGCUCAUGGGAAGAAGAGGGGUGAACUGGCACCACAUAGGAGGGACCACAGGUGACCUGGGGGGAGUGAGUAUAGCACAAGUUCUGUCCCACAGGGAUGCCCCUUGCUCAGGGUAGCAGGACCUGUUGAAUUUCAUGUGUUCACUCUUAUACCCUUUCUAGAAUCUACCACCUGUCCUUCAGACAGAGGUUUUGUCAAAGGCAGAAACAAAUAAAAGCUGAU